AGUACUAGGAUUACAGGUGUGAGCCACUGCGCCCAGCCAGCUAAUUUGCUUAAUUUAGUAUUUGAGGUUCUUACAGUAAUUUGGCUGAAAUUGUUCAAAUUUUGUUUUGGUAAUUACCUUGUUUUAUAAAAAUGUAUGUUUGUUUUUAAAAUUACAAAUAAUUGGAGCACGAACCCGCUGAGAUGAACCCUUUAACUAAGGUGAAGCUGAUCAAUGAGCUGAAUGAGCGAGAGGUCCAGCUUGGAGUGGCAGAUAAGGUGUCCUGGCACUCUGAGUACAAGGACAGCGCCUGGAUCUUCUUGGGAGGGCUUCCUUAUGAACUAACUGAAGGGGACAUCAUCUGUGUGUUCUCACAAUAUGGGGAGAUUGUUAACAUUAAUCUCGUGCGGGACAAGAAGACUGGGAAAUCCAAAGGAUUCUGUUUCCUCUGCUAUGAAGACCAGAGAAGCACAAUUCUGGCUGUUGACAAUUUUAAUGGAAUCAAGAUCAAAGGGCGAACUAUCCGAGUGGAUCACGUGUCUAACUAUCGGGCUCCUAAGGAUUCAGAAGAAGUAGAUGAGGAGACCAGAAAGCUGCAGGAGAGUGGCUGUGGGGCUCAUACCCCCUCACCGAGUUUGUCUGAGGGCUCUGAAGAUGACGAGCCCACAAAAAAGCACAAAGCAAGAAAGGAAAAAAAGAAAAGAAAGAAAGAAAAGGGGAAGACUGACCGGGAAGUACAGGCAAAGCAGUCAUCCUCUUCUUCAUCACCCAGAAGCAAAGCAGUAAAGGAAAAGGAUGACCCAGGCCCUAACAAGCUCAGCAGCAAGAACUCUGAAAGAGUUCAGAAGCCAGAGUCCAGGGAGGGACGGAAGCACUGCUCAGGCUCCUCUGAGGUCAGGACCACCUGCCAUGCUGCAGCAAAGGACCCAGAGAAGGAGCUGAAGAAGGAGAGACCCAAGCAUGAACAUGAGUCCUCAAGCAGGAAGGAGGUAAGAGAAGAAAAGAACAGGGAUAGGGACAGAGGAGGAAGCUCAGACAGACAUUCUAGCCGGAACAAUGGGAGUUCUGAAGGACGUAGUCACAGAAGCAGAAGUAAGAGCCAAGACAAAUCCCACAGGCAUAAAAGGGCCCGGCACUCCCGAGAGCAGGACUCCUCGAAUCCUGUAGGCAUCACUGAGGCUUUUUCACCUGCUCAGUAGAUUGGCAAUGAAUUGUGUUUUUCAAAGACAGCCAAAUUCAGUUAUGUUAUUACUUUUUUUUGUACAUAAAACCUCUGGGAAUGAAUUAUUUGAAUAUUUUUGAAUAUUAGAGUUAUUGAGGGGGCUGUGGUUUCAGCAGCCAUAUAUCCUGGAUGUUUUAGCAUGUUUAAUUAUCCCUGAAAAUGAAUGUACUUGGUACUUAGCAGAGUAUGUAUUCUAAUUUUUGGUUCAUUUAUGUGAGUCUUAGACCCAUAGACCCCAAUUUAAGAUGUAAUUGCCAGGAAAGGGAAAAUACUAGAUGAUUCUAGAAUUCUAGUCUUCAUGUUAGAUGUUGACGAAUCAGCAUCAUAGGAUGUUUCCAGUUGGCAGAACUAUACAGUGAGAAAUGUGGUGUCCUAGGUUUGGACAGCUUGACGUGAAUGUGAAAAGAUACUUAAAAUCAGCUCCCUCCCUAACUCCCCUG